GUAUGGCAAGCCGAAUUGUCAUUUAUUAACUAAGUUUGACUAUCCAGAAUUUACAUUGCAGAUAUCUGCAAUUCAGUUUCGCCUAGUCAAAACUAACAUUUCGGAUAUCCGCAACUACAUUCCUCCUAUCCGCAAUUGUCAUUUCAGAUAUCCACAAAGACAUUCCUCCUAGGCGAAAUUACGUCAUUUUCGCCAUUCAUGUCUAUGGGGUUUCUCAUUGCGGAUAUCUACAAUUCAGUUGCGGAUAUCCACUUUGUGAAUUACGGAUAUCUGCAACUGAAUUGUAGAUAUCUGUAAUUCCAGUUUGAGAUAUCUACAAUUUGAUUCUGACUAGUCAUAAUUCCAGUUCAAGAUAUCUUUAAUUCACCUCAAUUCAAGAUAUCUACAUGUCCCUUUUCAGAUAUCUUAAAUUAAGUUUUGACUAGGCGAAAUGAAGUUGUAGAUAUCUCUAACUGGAGUUACGACUAGUCAAAAUGACGUUGUAGAUAUCUCUAACUGGAGUUACGACUAGUCAAAAUGACGUUGUAGAUAUCUAUUAUCAAGUUAUAGAUAUCUUGAAAGGAAUUUUGAUUAGAGAUAUCUACAAUUGUAGAUAUCUUUAACUUUCCUUCUGCCUAGGCGAAACUGAAUUAUAGAUAUCUUGAAUUCGAGUUUUGACUAGGCGAAAUGACGUUUCAGAUAUCUGUAAUGACGUUUCAGAUAUCUGUAAUGACGUUUCAGAUAUCUGUCAUGACAAAUUAUAGGACCGUUUACUUUAAGCGGGAGCGGAGCAGCUCCUCGUUCAAUCAUCAUUCACACAAUUCACUGAUUACAUCGCUCCAUAUUUUCUCGUGAUCUUUUCGAUCACAGCCAACGCCAUGACUGCUCCUUUCUUAUUCCAUUCGGAAAUGAACCCACUUCUUCUUUGAUUAUGGCGGCAAGGGGAAAUUACGUAUUUCUGGAUAUCUAAAACGUAAUGCCCAACACUUAAAUGACGUUUGAGAUAUCUUUAACUUUCAUUCUGCCUAGGCGAAACUGAAUUACAGAUAUCUGCAAUUGUCAUUUAAGAUGUGUGACGAGUUGAAUGUCGUUUUCCGUGAAGUCAUUGCAGAUAUCUGUAAUUCAGUUUCGCCUAGUCAAAACUGAAUUACAGAUAUCUCUAACUAUCGUUUCGACUAGUCAAAACUACGUCACAGAUAUCUCUAACUGUCGUUUCGACUAGUCACAACUACGUAACAGAUAUCUUGAAUGAAGUUGUUGAUAUCUACAAUGUAAAUUCUGGAUAGUCAAACUUAGUUAAUAAAUGUCAAUUCGGCUUGCCAUAGUCCGUGUGACGUCACGUCGAGAUGCUAGCAGGCCCACAACUUGACGAAGUGAGAGGGGCACGUGGUAGGAGGCCCGUGCAGCCCCCGGAAACACCGCGCGUGAGAGAAGGUGAGAGGGUGCGAGCGAGAGAGGGGCACAGAGUUGCACAACAUGGUCAUCUCCACCUCCACCGUCGCGUCUCCACUCCGUCCGCAGCAGCACGAGCUCUUCCGUUUCAUGCCGGGAGCCCCGUCGCUCCGCGCGCCCAAAAUACUCCUCCGCCGGCAUGCCGCCGCGGGAAGAAAAACAAGAGGCGCGGUAUUUUUAGGGUCAUUAAUUCUGACCACGUGCCCCGAAGGUAAACCGGAUGGCAAUUGCGCAAAGGCGCCUCGUCACCAGUAUGUCCCGCGAGGCCGGCGCGCGCCGAAGGACGUCGACUGCCGCGGGGAUGGUUCUCCUGUGGCUCGCUCUGGGGUCGCUGUCGGCCUCGGACUCGAACCCGCGACCUCCGGGCGGCGGCGGGAGGACGAACGUGAGCCUGCUGGAGCAGCGGUGGCAGCGGCUGUUCACCCGACCCGGGCCGGGGAGGCUGCACCCCGGGGAGCGGGAGCAGCGGCGCUGGGAGAGCGACUACCUGCUGGGCAUCAAGCGGGUCCGCCGGCUCUACUGCAACGUGGGAAUCGGGUUCCACUUGCAGGUGCGGCCAGACGGCUCGGUCAACGGCGUCCACCGCGAGAACCUCCACAGUCUGAUCGAGAUCUCCACCGUGGACCGCGGCGUGGUGAGCCUGUUCGGAGUGCAGAGCCGGCGGUUCGUGGCCAUGAAUCGUCGCGGCCGCUUGUACGGAACGGCGGUGUUCCACAGGGAGUGUAUGUUCAAGGAGAGCCUGCUGGCUAACAACUACAACGCCUAUGAGAGUGUGUCUCACCCCACCUCCUACAUUGCCCUCACCAAGCACGGCCGCGUUAAGAGGGGCAACCGGGCCACCACCGCCAUGACCGUCACCCACUUCCUGCCCCGCAUAUGACUCGCGCCGGGACACCACUGGACACCACCGUGUUGGCACUCUGUUGGUCGCCUGGGGCCGUUUCUCAGGUAACCUGGGGCCAUUUCCCAGGUAACGGGGAGAAGGCACCGUGUCGAAGUACGUUAACACAAAAAAUCUUCUGUUCCCUCGUGUUGGGACUGAGGAGGGGGAGAGGGGGAGUUCCCUCGGUCCAGGAAGAGGUGCUCUGGUCGGGUCCCGUCCUUCGUUGUUGUUGACGAUUUGUCGUUGUUGGGCGAUUUGUCGUUGUUGUUGUGGUUUCGGCCCGAGGGCGGUGAGAGCUGGCCAACAUGGCGCUGACCUAUUUCUUUGUUUGUCAUUCGGCCCUCCUUAGCCCUCCUCCCUCUA